AUGUGGUAUCAAGGUCAAGGUCCACCUCCUCCAGGCCCUCCCCCAGGCCCUCCGCCGCCCUGGGGAUAUCAACAGCCUCCUCCUUCGCAAUGGUCCCCGCAUCCCCCGCCUCAGCCCUACGGUGGUGGUCCAUACCAAGGACAUCAGCGGCCUCAUUCUUACUCUAACCCGCCUCCCCUGUCCCAGGGGCCUAUCCUCCAGGGCCAUACGCUCAUCACACCCCGUCCCCUCAGCCCUAUGGACACAGUCCCUCACCACAGCCCCCCUCGGUCUUAUGGUCACGCUCCCUCUCCGCAACCGUAUGGCCAUGCUCCCUCACCACAGCCUCCUCGGCCCUACGGACACCAGUCCUACCCAUCGCAGCCAAACCUUGCUGUCCACCAACCUGGUAAAGACCACUCCCUUUCGUCUCCGGGUGCGCCCCGCGCAAAUUCGCCGAACUUGCCGCCUCCGCCGCCGCAGGCUCUGCAGCAUUUCGGUCACGGGGCACCAUCCAACUACCAAUUCCAGUACUCCGCAUGUACCGGUCGCCGCCGGGCGCUACUGAUCGGCAUUAACUACUUCGGGCAGCCAAACGCGCUCAAGGGCUGCAUCAACGAUGUCACCAACAUGUCGACUUUCCUGCACGAGCGCUUUGGCUACCGCCGAGAGGAUAUGGUCAUCCUCACCGACGACCAGAAGAAUCCGAUGAGUCUUCCGACCAAGGCCAAUAUCCUGCGGGCCAUGCAGUGGCUCGUUCGCGACGCCCAGCCCCACGACUCUCUCUUCGUCCACUUCUCCGGUCACGGCGGCCGCACUCCCGACUUGGACGGCGAUGAGGACGAUGGCUUCGAUGACGUGAUCUACCCACUUGACUACCGCACCACGGGGCACAUUGUUGACGAUGAUAUGCACGCCAUCAUGGUGCGACCGCUGCGUCCUGGUGUUCGUCUGACGGCGAUCUUCGACUCAUGCCAUUCCGGUACUGCUCUCGACCUGCCAUAUGUUUACUCGACCCAGGGCAUCCUGAAGGAGCCCAACUUGGCCAAGGAAGCUGCCCAGGAUCUAUUCAGUGCCAUCGGUUCCUACGGACAGGGCGAUCUGUCGAGUGUUGCGUCGACAGCGAUUAACUUCUUCAAAAAGGCCGCGAAUGGAGGACAGGCCCGCGAGCGCACUCUUCAAACCAAGACCUCACCGGCGGACGUGGUGAUGUUCUCCGGGUCCAAGGAUACGCAAACAUCGGCGGAUACCUUCCAAGACGGCCAGGCGCGAGGAGCCUUGAGUUGGGCGUUCAUUAAAUCGCUAAAGCAGUGGCCACAGCAGAACUAUCUGCAGCUGCUUAAUACGAUCCGAGCGGAGCUAGAGGGCAAAUAUACGCAAAAGCCGCAGCUGAGCUGCAGCCAUCCCCUUGAUACAAACCUGCGCUUUGUGAUGUGA